GACGGCGCUCACAUACAGAAUUCUGAGAUGUAUGUAGAACACUGCCGCAGUAUUUUACGUAAGCUGGAGCCAGUGACCCCACAGCUGGAUAUUGACGGAGAAAAAAACAUCUGGAUCUUAAAACCAGGCGCUAGUUCCAGAGGAAGAGGUAUAUACUGCGAAAAUCGCAUGGAACACAUACUUGGUUUAGUGGAUAGUGAUCCUGAAGUCAUAUUAAGUGAGAGAUGGGUAGCACAAAAGUAUGUUGAGAGGCCACUUCUUAUACAUGAGGCCAAAAUUGAUCUCCGUCAACAUUUUCUAAUAACGGACUGGAACCCCUUAACCAUCUGGUUCUACAAGGACAGUUUCAUCCGUUUCUCAUCACAGCCCUUCACACUGGAGAAAUUAGACCGCGCCAUCCAUGUGUGUAACAAUGCUAUACAAAGGGAAUUAGAGAAUGCGCCAAAUCGUCACCCUGACCUGCCUGAAGAGAACAUGUGGCACAGUGACGAAUUCAAGGCGUACCUUCGUAAAAUCGGAAAAGAGCAUGUCUGGGACUCAGUGAUUAUACCAGGGAUGAAGAAAGCCCUCAUUCAUGCUAUGCAGGUUUCCCAGGAUAAAACAGACUAUAGAAAGAACAGCUUUGACCUUUUUGGUGCAGAUUUUAUGUUUGGAGAAAACUUCCAGCCCUGGCUACUUGAGAUCAAUUCCAAACCUGAUAUAAAGCAAGACACAUCAGUGAUGGACAUUCUUGUUCCACCCUUGCUAGAGGACUUACUCCGAGUGGUGAUUGACUACAAGAAUGACCCUAACUGUGACGUAGGAGGAUUUGAGCUGAUAUAUAAACAGGCUAAAAUUGAAGCCCCUACAUAUACUAUAGAAGACCUGACAGUGCGCGGAAUCUCAGUUAAAAAUCCUGCACUAUAGACAAAACAAUCUGGACAAUAGAGAUUUUACCAGAAAGCAGACAAGUGGGUCCUCUUCCUUUUUCUUGUGAAAUCUGUAUCUGCUGCACAGAAGAUCAAAUACAGAGACAAGAUGGGUUUGGGAGGUGGGACCAGGAUAGAGGACCAACACUAAAGUGUGAUCAGCGUUUGAGCGGAGAUCCAAGAAGAAACUCCUACAUAUACUGGAAGAUAAUUAAUAAUAAUAAAUAAUG